AUGGCCAAGCAAAUUGAUUGGUGGCGAAUGCGAUGGACGGGUGCUCGGCUUCAAUUAUUACUACUCUGCACUGAAGGAGGAUUCUUCAUUUCUUAUUCCCGAUUCUAUACCCAUACCCACACCCACACCCACAUGAGAUACGCCUUUCUAUAUGAGAUGAGUGCCAUCAACAAUGAGCGGUCAGGACGAGAUGACAACAACGAAAUAAACAUUGCGAAUGCGGUGGAGAAUGUGGACAAAGAUAUAAGGGGCCCAUCAGAUAAGAAUCUUCUGGCGGAAGAUCGAGGGCAUUACACCGAUGACCCAGAAAGGAUUGAGGACUUGAACCCAGUGGAUGUACCUCCUGAUGGUGGAUAUGGCUGGGUUUGCGUCGCAUGUGUAUUUCUGAUCAACGGGCAUACUUGGGGAGUCAAUAGUUCUUACGGUGUUUUCCUUGCUCACUACCUUGCGAGUGAUACUUUUCCUGGCGCAACCUCCCUUGAAUAUGCAUUCGUCGGCGGUUUGUCGAUUUCUUUAGCCCUCCUCACCGCACCGGUAGCCACGAGUUGCACACGCAAAUUCGGAACACAAGUCACUCUAGCCAUCGGUAUUGUACUCGAAACAGCUGGACUUCUUGGGGCUUCUUUUGCAUAUGAGAUUUGGCAUCUAUUCCUAUCACAAGGUGUCGCUUUUGGGUUCGGUAUGGGUUUCCUCUUCGUAGGUAGCGUUGGAGUAGUCCCACAAUGGUUCUCGAAACGUCGAUCUUUAGCCAAUGGCAUUUCAGCAGCUGGAAGUGGACUGGGAGGUUUGAUAUACUCCUUGGCGACAAAUGCAAUGAUUCAAUCCAUUGGGCUCGGUUGGGCUUUCCGAGUAUUGGCUAUUUUGGCUUUUGCAGUAAACACCGUUUGUACAAUUCUGGUCAGGGAUCGAAACCAUGCGAUUGGAUCUGUCCAGAAAGCUUUCGACACACAACUGUUCAAGAAGCCUGAAUUCUUCCUUUUGCUUGGAUGGGGAUUCUUCAGUAUGCUCGCAUACAUUGUUCUUCUCUUCUCCUUACCUAAUUACGCGAGGAGUAUCGGUCUUUCAGCCAAGCAAGGUUCGGUCAUUGGUGCUAUUUUAAAUCUUGGUCAAGGUCUUGGCCGGCCAUUUGUAGGGGCAUUUUCGGAUGCAACUGGGCGAAUCAAUAUGGCAGGCACUUGUACCUUCCUAGCAGGGCUUUUCUGUCUCGUUAUUUGGAUUUUCGCUAAAUCAUACGGAGUUCUCAUAUUUUUUGCUCUUAUUGUCGGAACUGUCUCGGGCACGUUUUGGGCCACUGUUGCCCCGGUAGGUGCAGAAGUAGUAGGUCUCAAAGUCCUUCCUUCGGCUUUAUCUAUCAUUUGGUUAGUGCUUGUGAUACCUUGCACUUUUUCUGAGCCAAUUGGACUAAAGUUGAGAGCCUCAUCUGGGGAUAUAUACCUACACGCACAGGUCUAUGCAGGAUGUAUGUAUAUAGGAGCUGCACUGUGUAUAUGGGGCCUGAGGGCUUGGAAAAUCAAGGAAUUGGAGAGCUUAAGAGAGGGAGAAAGGGAGAAAGAAAUAAGGGAUGAGGAUGAGGCAAGGAGGGAAAGAGAAAGGGAACAGGGUGAAGAGAACGAUUCUGAAAAGAGUGCCAAUGUUCCGAUGAGAAGGCAGAUGACAAGAACAGAGAGUGUGAAGCGAGCCACAAAGGGGCUCUGGGUUUUACAGAGAGUUUAG